AUGAAGACACUGCUCACACACUCUGACUCAGGGCGGACCAGUCGCUGCACAUCAACACAAACACACACACACCAGAGGAGACCGGCAGGAGUGUUUCAGAAGAACUCCACAGUGAGCUGCAGAGUGUUCAGACAGAGAGACCAGCAGCACCAUCUGACACACUUUCAGGAGCGACUGAAGCGUUGGAAGGCGACGACGAAGGUUCUAAAGGUUCUGAAGACCUGUGAGAGGAUUCCGGAAGACGAGCGGGUUCUAGGAGAAAGCGAAGAGGUUCUGAUGGGUUCUGCCGUGGUGCUGGUGCUGCUUCUGACCUGUGUGGGUGUGGGCAGUGUGCAGGCCAGUCCCAUCUAUGUCUCACCGGCCAUGGAGACACACAUGCAGGCUCUCGAGGAACCUUACAAUCUGAAGGAUCCCUCUCUGGUACCCAAACCCAUCUUCCUGGUCCUGCUGAAAGACAUCAACACCACCCUCCAGAGACACCAGCAGAUAUUGCUGCUGAAUGCUACGUUGUCCGUGUACGUCAAGAUGCUCUCCUCCAUGCUGGCCGACCCCGGCGCUCAAACCCAGCACACCCACCUGGAGCUUCUGCGGGAUCAGGUGCUACACCUGAAGAAGCAUGUGUUCCAGAGUGAGAACCCCCGCCUGCACACCUUGCUGCACAAGCUGGACGCAGUCCAGGUGGAGGACAAAUUGGUCCAGAGAAAAGCUCUGAAUGAGCUGAAGGAAGUGUUCCAAGUCGCCUCAGAGAUUGGUUCAAAACGUUCCAAAUAGUCUCACCCACCAAUCACAGCGCUGGAGUCGGAGCAGUUGGUCCAAUCACAAUACAGGCAUCGGAGCAGAUCAUCCAAUCACAACAUAGAGGGCAAGCAGACGGUCCAAUCAGAAGCCAGGAGGAGUAGAUUGUUUUGGAACUUGUUAGUUAUGUCAAAGCAGUAAUAAUCAUAUUUAUUUAACUUAACAUAAUUUAACAUAUUUAUUAUCUGAUUCAAAGCAUCAGCGUUUCGUGGAUUGUUGUUGGAGAC